CCCCGCCCCCGGCCCCGCCCCGCCCCGCGAGGGGGAUGGAGGGGGCCGCGGCCGCCGUGGUGCCGGGAAGAGGAAGCGGGGAAACGCUCGGAGGCGGCGGCAGCGGCGGGCGGGGUCACGAACUCUGACCUUUCAUGGGGGCACGGCAAAGAAACAAAACAAAAGGCCCCCCACCCGCCCCCGAACGGCCCCGUAAUACAGACCCGGCCCCCCUUUCCCCCCGCGGACCCCGUUAACCCCGUCACCGCCGCCGCCUUCACGGGGGGAGGGAGGGCUGCCGCCGGGCACCGUCGCCCAGCACCGGCCCGGCUGGGCCCGGGUCAGGGUCACCGCCAGGGCACGUUUGGCGCCAAUUCCUGAGGAUUGAUGUAAGAAUAUGAAUGAUCGUGGCAGCUUGACAAAAUGACUCAAGAACUUGUUCAAACACCUUUCUCGGAUAGUUAUUUCCUUGUCAAGCACAAAUUAUAGAAGCAGUUUAUCGAUUCUCUAAUGAUCUUGCUUCACCAUGGCAACCAAUAUGGAGGUGCUGGCUCAGCAGGUAGUGGAGACACAGCAGGUGGCUGAGGAAAUGCACCGUGCUAACAUAGUGUGAUGGUUGUAUCUUGCCACUGGAGAGAUCGCUCCAUCCCAAGAGUGUAUGAAGCUCUGUGAUUUCUUCCUGGCCGGUGCAGACUGUUCAGACUUCAUUAUCUGAAUCUCCAGUGAUGACCAGCCCUUCCCAGCAUAUCCAGAUUAUUUCCACAGAUUCCUCUGUAGCUUCACCACAGCGCAUUCAGAUUGUGACAGAUCAGCAAACAGGGCAAAAAAUCCAAAUAGUGACAGCAGUGGACUCAUCUGUAUCUCCAAAGCAACAGUUUAUUUUAGCCAGUCCAGAUGGAACUGGUGCAGGAAAGGUGAUACUGGCAGCACCUGAGACAUCUAAUGCGAAGCAGCUUAUCUUUACCACCACAGACAACAUUGUGCCAGGCAGAAUUCAGAUAGUGACAGACACUGCUUCAGUGGAACGUUUGCUGGGAAAAGCUGAUGUUCAGCGGCCCCAAGUAGUAGAAUAUUGUGUGGUCUGUGGGGAUAAAGCAUCAGGCCGUCACUAUGGUGCUGUCAGUUGUGAGGGAUGCAAAGGUUUCUUUAAAAGGAGUGUAAGGAAGAAUUUGACCUACAGUUGUCGUAGCAACCAGGACUGUAUCAUCAAUAAACAUCAUCGGAAUCGCUGCCAGUUUUGUAGGCUUAAGAAGUGCCUAGAGAUGGGCAUGAAAAUGGAAUCGGUUCAAAGUGAAAGAAAACCUUUUGAUGUGCAACGUGAAAAACCAACAAACUGUGCAGCUUCCACUGAAAAAAUCUAUAUCAGAAAAGACCUACGAAGUCCUCUAAUAGCAACUCCAACAUUUGUCGCAGAUAAAGAUGGGGCACGGUCAGCAGGUCUUCUUGAUCCAGGAAUGCUUGUGAAUAUUCAGCAGCCUUUGAUCAGGGAUGAUGGUACAGUCCUCCUAGCUGCUGACUCCAAGGCUGAGACAAGCCAGGGUGCUUUAGGAACACUAGCAAAUGUUGUAACAUCUCUUGCUAAUCUCAGUGAGUCACUAAAUAAUGGAGAUACUUCUGAAAUUCAACAAGAAGAGCAAUCUGCAAGUGAGAUUACACGAGCAUUUGAUACUUUGGCUAAAGCACUUAAUACCACAGAUGGCUCAGCAGCUCAGAACUUGGCAGAUGGGAUGGACCCUACAGGAGGAGGGAAUAUUCAUGUAAUUAGCAGAGAUCAGUCAACACCAAUUAUUGAAGUGGAAGGACCCCUACUUACAGAUACACAUGUCACAUUUAAGCUGACAAUGCCCAGUCCAAUGCCGGAGUACCUUAAUGUUCACUAUAUCUGUGAGUCAGCGUCACGACUACUUUUCCUCUCUAUGCACUGGGCAAGGUCCAUACCUGCAUUUCAAGCACUUGGGCAGGACUGUAAUACAAGCCUUGUGCGCGCCUGCUGGAACGAGCUGUUCACCUUAGGCCUGGCACAGUGUGCACAGGUGAUGAGUUUGUCUACCAUCCUAGCAGCUAUUGUCAACCACCUCCAGAACAGCAUACAGGAAGAUAAGCUUUCUGGAGACAGAAUAAAGCAAGUCAUGGAACACAUCUGGAAACUUCAGGAGUUCUGUAACAGCAUGGCCAAGCUUGAUAUUGAUGGAUAUGAAUAUGCAUACCUUAAAGCUAUAGUCCUCUUUAGCCCUGAUCAUCCUGGUCUGACCAGUUCAACCCAAAUAGAAAAAUUCCAGGAGAAGGCGCAGAUGGAAUUGCAGGACUAUGUACAAAAAACCUAUCCAGAAGAUACUUAUAGGCUAGCCCGGAUUCUAGUUCGCCUGCCAGCACUUAGGCUGAUGAGCUCUAGCAUUACUGAGGAACUAUUUUUUACUGGUCUCAUUGGAAAUGUUCCAAUUGACAGCAUAAUCCCCUACAUUCUCAAAAUGGAAACAGCAGAAUAUAAUGGUCAAAUAACUGGCACAUCUGCAUAGUGGGAACAAUACAAUUUGAUGGAUCAAAGUAAUUUUCAUAAAAACAUACAAUUAAGAGAGAGAAGUUAAAAGAAUAACAGUUCGGUAUGUACAGAUAUUUCCAACUUGUUACUUAGUUUCCUAUCAGAUUUCUUCUCAUCUGUCUGCUGACUUUGACAAAAUUUAAGCAGCUUUUAAAUGACCUGCUAUUAGGACCUUUUCUGCCACAAGGAAUGUUUUUGAUGCCUUUCAUUCAAAAGGCUAUAGAUUACUGAAAAUACUUUUAACACGCUUUGUAUUUAGAAAUUAUCGGUGGUUAAAAAUAGAGUUUUAUAAUAUCAGAGAUUAGUAAUGAAAUUACUUUAAAAGUAAAAAGAACAAUAUGUAUAUAUUUAAAAAUGUCCUUGGAAUUAAUAUCUAAUAAUUGCCAGGGUAUAAUAUUAGCACUUUGUAAGCACUUCUUGUCAAAGCGAUAAUGUCAUCAACAUCCUGCUUAUGAGUAGGGAAAAUGAAAAAAUUGUGUAUGUCCUUAGUAAAAAUGCUAGUGAUUUCUGUGAAAAUGUAGAAUGCUACAGGAGACAAUCAUUUAUUCUGCAAAAAGUCACUUGUUCUUAUGUUAUGCAUUAAAUAAUGUGGAUUCUUAAAUCAGAUUUCCACAUUAUAUGGCACUAUGCUCUAUUAAAUUAGUGCAGCUGUGAUUAAAAGCAUGAUAUAAACAUAGUGACUGUAACAUGCUACAGAAAUUACCCAAACUAGAAGACAGAAUUUGAAUUUCUUGCCACAGUUACGAUGAAAUACUCAGAUUCCUUUAAGUUUCUACUCAGCCUGACACUGAUGUUUACACAGUCCUGACAAAUAUUCUAAUAGGAUGCCUUUCAAUUGUGGGGAAAAUCGGUCAUUAGCUGGAAGAACACUCAUUUUCAAGUAGAGCUGUGUGAUGCUCUUUGAGUACGCUUUGUGUGUUUCCAGAUUUGCUGCUUCUCUCUGUACUCAUCAUCCAGCCAAAGUUACAAUUUAAAACCAGAAAUGUUUAGAACCUCUAGCUGUCAGCAAGAGUAUGUUAUAAAGCUUUCCCUCCCCUUCCUUCCCUGGGGACUGAGCACCCCUCCUUUUGCAAAGCUCUCAACCUUCCCAUGACUCAGUUUGAAACUGAGGUAUAGUCGUGAUUUAUAUUCCGUCACGUACGAUUGCAGAUAGUGGCUGAUAUAGCAUGGAGCUAUAAAAUGAACUUCUUUUUAAAUCGUAUUGAGUAGUGAGCCAUCAACACGUUUUCUUUACUGACCAUUACCUGCUAGCAUUGCUUUCAUUUUAGUAUAAUUUAUUAAUAUUCAAAUUAGUGUUUUAAACAAUCUUUUUUUAAGUCACAACAAUUAUACCUUCAUCAGAUUCUGGCUUAUUAGAUACAUUAAUUAUUUUAAUGAUAUCUAUGGCAGAGGCAUUUUUUACUUGUAUAUUUUUACGUGACAAAGAUCUAAUGAUAAAUUCAGCACUUUUGAUUUACUUCUGAUAUUAACAUUGAUUUAGAAGCACCAAUGAUGUUUGUAUCUGUGUUUUUUAAAGGUCUGAAUUGUAGCCAAAAGACCUUAAGCAACUUCUGAGGAGGCUCCUAAUGUAGUAAUGUCGUUCUCAUUAGGAGGCUUACAUUUGUAACGCUCAUUGUGACAUGGAAGGCUAUGUAAUUUUAGCUUCUGGAUGCAUUAAAAUUUUUUAUAAUCACCAUAGUUAUAGCAUUCAGAAAUUUCUGUUCUCAAGAGGGUGUUACACAGAGUCGAAUAUAAAUGCAGAGAUCUGUAAUGUUGCACUUUCUUUUCUCUGAGCUUUUGCUAUAGCGAGUGAAAUUGUCAUAUUUUUAAUGUGAAAAAAAGGCCCGCACACUGAAUGUUAAGUCAACUGGAAUGCAGAAUGUUGUACUAGCUGUUGUAUUGCAGUGUCACUACUUGUGUGAUUGUGUCAGCACCUCGUAUGCAAAGUCCCUGUUUUAAGGGUAAAUAACUUAAUUGUGGCUUUAACAACAAUGAAGUACCUACCUUGGAAAGAGUUGUGGCUGUUUUUGUUAAAAACAAAAAUGACAUCAUGGGUUACAUCAUUGUUGUUCUAAAAAUAGUAUACAUCAAACCAUUGUGGUAUUUUUAAUUGCAAAAAGUGAGAAGAUUAUGUUAAUUUUCUUUUACGAUUUUGUAAAAAAUUAUUUAAGCAGCUAAGUAAGCGUUGUUAAUGAGAAGUGAAGUAUUCCUUAACACAAAAUAUACUAGUCAUUGGAAUCAUUUUUUUCCAAAUUUUAUUAUACCUGAUGGCUAUUACCUGAUAGCUUUUCAUGACAAACAUCAUUUGAGCUUAAAUUUUUCAAGUAAAAGGGUCCCAGUUCCUGUGCAAAAAAAUUUUCCUGAAUUUUUCUUACUUGUGCUGUGAAAAUAAUUAAGAGAAACAAAGCCCACUGUAUUUUGGGGAGGACUGAGGGAUUGCAUGAAAUAAAUCUUAACAUGUAUGCAUUGUAUUUGUAAAUCAGAACGGUAAAUUUCAUGCAGCUCUGUCAACAAAUAAACUGUGCUCCCUACAAAUACAAGGCCACAUGAUAAUAACCUUGAUAGACAUCUGCUAGUCCUUUACUCUGCAAAUUGUUCCCUGGAAUUCAACAUUAUUUUACCUAGGGUAAAAUGUUACUUUUUGUAAAUGAGGUAUUGCAAGGCAAACCAUAUCUAGGAUUUAUUUUUUUAAAUAUCAUGAAUGCAUUUAAUAGAUAUGUGUUACCACCUGACAUCUAUAAAGCCUCUCUCUGUGUAGCAUCUUCAGCAAGAAUUUCUGGGUUACAUUAGUCAGAGACAAGCUAAUUUAGUCCUCAUGCCAAUAGCAAAACAGUACUAUUUUGAUUCAAAGAGUAACAGUUUGGAUUGUAGAAAUUUUGACAGCAGAUGGUAGAUGCCACAGCUUAAGAAACAUUCAGAAUCGAAAAUGUUUUGAGUAUUUGAAUGUAAGCUACAAAUAAUAAGAUGUGCAGAUGUGAAUAAUAACCUAACACUUCUUUCUCACGUGCUGCUUGAGGGCUGCCAUAAAACUGAGUCAAAGAUUUGGCAUGCUAUUGAGAGACACUGAAAUCACUUAAAACACUGCCAUAUUAACAUUAUAAACCGUAUUCUCCAAUGCAGUAGGGCUCCUUUGCACUAAAUUUCAAGUGCAAUCUAGCAGUGAAGCUAUUUUAACUGUUUUAAAGAAAUCUUUCUUCCUCUCCUCCACCUACCAUUAAUAAGAGAUGGACAUCCCAGAGACACAAAACUGAUGUAGGGGUUCUUUCUGCCCUCAGUUUAAGUGUUGGUAUGAUAGCAAUGGAAAAGGCAUAGCUAAGGAAAAUGGGCUUCAGCAAGUUGUUCUUGGCCUAUGAUGAUCUUUGGCAUUAUUUUCAGCCACUUCUGGUGACUGGGCUUUCAGGCCAUCCUAACAUAAUGAAGGUAGAAUCGCCUACACAGUAUGGCGGAGGCUCAAGUGAGUUUUAAACUAUCUUUGCACACCAUUUAUCUAGUUUGCAAUUUGGCUGCACCAUAAAUUCUGAAUCCAUGUGAUCUGUCUGUGUUACUAAAUAGAAGUGGUUAUCAUUACUGCAAAAAAUACUACAUGACUAAUGUAGCUCAUGUCAUUUAUGAAGUUCCCCCCACCCUCCGUGACUGGAAAAUGGUAAUAGACUAAUCUCACUAAUGUUUCUUUUUAUGAGUUUCACUUUAUUGCUUUUUUUGCAAGUGCAAAGUUCUGCUUCUGAGCAUGGAACAGGAUUAUUUUUGUUUGUUCCAAAAUGAUUGAAACAGGUUUUUUUGGUUUUAAGUAUGGAAAAAGCUUGUUUUCAUAAAGGCCUGUCUUCAAGGCCAGACUUGUGUUUACAGAACUAGGAGCCAAAGAACCAUAGUCUGAGGGUGAUUCUAAGAAAAGUGACAUCUCACUGAAGCUCUACUUAGUGCCUAAAACUUACACUCUCCAGCAUUUUCUGUGUCCUGCUUCUGCUGCUCUUAGAAUAUUCUAACUUGGUAGAAAAAUGACAAACCAUCUGAUAAGAUCUACCUGAACUUGAGUACACAUGUACAUUGGUAAUAAUUCAAACCAGUGUUAGAAUUCUCUACUGGCUGAAGCUGUGGCAUGUAGGGGUUGAUAAUGAGCCAAUAGAAGUGCAUGAUCCAUUUGUUUUCCAACUCUUUUGAGAAGGAAUUGGAUUAGGAUCUUGCAGAUACGUAGGAAUAAUGAUUGAUAACUGUAUAGGGGCAUUUGGGCUUAGCUUUGUACUGAUGCUUUUUAUUGCAUUUGUGUUGGGGCAAAAAGGCAAACACUUCCUUUAAUUUACUCGCAUGGGACUUGUAAGACACAGAACUAAGACUACGUGCAAAAGUCAUGUUUUUUCUGCUCAUUUACAUCAUUUGUAAGUAAGAUCUAAUGCUUUUGGUGAUGGUGAAAUUAUUCUCGUGUGAAACUGGUAGGAAAGGAAAGAGAAUCAACUCCAAAAGUUUUAAGAAAGCCUGAGAAGAGAACAUACAAGCCCAUAUUUUAGCUGCCUCAAAAUGUUAGCUCAUUAAGGAGGUUUAGAUUUCAGAGCACUCUGAGGCAGAAAACUAUUGUUGGUCAUGGUUUAUUCCUUAGUAUCACUUAGUAAAAGUCCAUUUUCGCUAUCAUUUCUGAAACACGUGGGCCACAGAGCAGCCAUAAGGUCUCCAGCGAACAGCACUGACUCAGGGAGAUUCCUGUCCUGAGAACAGUCGGCCUCUGCGUUGUCUUUAUAGCACCCUUUGACAAAGGGCAUAUUGAGAGGUGCCAUAGGGAGAAAAAAAGUUGUAGCUGAGGCUUCCAGGCCAAACCAGUCUCCUGGGGGCUUAUUCUAAAAUGUAUUUCUUCUUUGGCAGUGACUGUAAAACAGUUAAAUGUUUUCAUUGUUGUGUAUAGUACACAGAAUUUCUACAGGAUUCCCGAAUGACGUGCAAGACACUAAAUAUGUCAGUAUAUGCUCCUGCCCACUAAAAAGGAAGAGGGUAGUUAGGAUCGUACCCUGAUCACCUGUCAUUUAAUUAGUAAGGGAUCAUUUUAAAAAGCACCCCAUAACGUGAGUGGCAAUGGUAUCAGGGUACAGUUUAGCCAAGAAAGAGGAACUUGGCAGGGUGAGGACACCACCAAACAAGCAGUGAUCAGAGGAGCCUUCUGCGAAAACAGCAGCAGUGAGGGGCCCUAUCUGAAUGGGGUGAUGAGAGCAGUAGAAGUGGCAAGUCAAUCAAGCAUACACUUCUAGCAAACAUUUUAACAAGCUGGACUCUAUGAGCUCUGGUAGUUUCAUUGUCCGGUUCCACAGCGUGUAGUUACUGUGGCUCCAGCUGCUGCUGACUGUAGUUUCCUUGGGAUGCCCAUACGUUAUGGAAGGAACCAGCUAUUGGUGGUAUGAAUGCUGCUUGAUGAUGAAAGACCAGGUGCAUCAGUGAAUAGCUGCAGGAUCAUAUCCCCCAGAAAAAAAAAAAACAGAUUUUUUUUUAUGUUCUUUGUUCUUUUAUUUGAAAUCCUUCCCCUCUCUUUCCCUUACUAAAUAGAGAGCAGAAGCAGGGUAGGUUUCUGUCCCGUCCUGUCCACCCCAAGAAAAAAGCAGAAAUGCUAGGAGGAGAGCAACAGGCAGGCUCCCAUCUGUCCCAGUAGUUUGCAACACUUGCCAUAAACAGCAGAACAGCUGCUGUGAUGGUUUGCUCUGAUAAACAGGGACCUGCUGUUCUGGCAGCACACAACAUCUGCUGUCCCAAUACCUCCAGAAGUAUCCAGGUAGACUCAACAAAAGGAGGUCACAUUCGCUCUACAGAGGAGAUGAAGGGGCAGGGAAAGGACAAAUUGUCAGCCUCUACUGGAUCCUGAUGGACAAAAAAGGAUAAAAAACAGCUUUAUGUGAAAGUUCCCAAGAGGGCAUGACAAAAGGGAGCAAAAUUAAAACAAUUAUUUUUUGCUCCUUUUAAUUCUGAAGUUACUGGGUCAUUUUAACAGUAAACUCCCUUGGUUUAAGUUCAGGCUUAGUGUUUGACUAAAGAUGCCAUAAUUCCUGUUGUUAAAUUAUGAUACAAUCCUACUGCAGCUGCGGUUAAUGAUACCAACAUUAAAUCCAAAAUCUGUGCAAAAAAAAUAUUAUACUGAAGUCGCAAGUCACAUUCCUCUUAAAGUUUAAAUUCUCUAAGUCUAAACAUAUUAGACUUGGAAAACACCGAACCUCAGAGUUAUCUUAUUACAGAGCUUUUUGUUGUGAAGUCAUGCUAAGUUUAUCAUAGAUAAUACGGUUAAAAUGUUCCAUAGCUCCCAUAGUGUUUUAUCAUGCAAGUUACAGAAAUGCUUUGAAAAUAUCUUAUUAUUAAAAUCAUGCCUUUCUUCCUCUCCUGUUUUUAAAGGCUUUGACAGAUUUUUAUACAUCUUUAUUUUGUGCCUCCCACCACUGUGCAUUUCUGCGUGUUCAAUACUAGAACUCACUUGAGCAGCUAAUGCAUAUGUACAUAGUUGUAUGUAUGUGUGUAUGAAUGUAUAUGUGUUUAUAUCUGUCUAAAUAUAUUAUGUACAGUGUAUAGAAAGUGUGUAGUGUAUGUAUAUAUGUACAGAUAUGUAGCCAUGUAUUCAUACCGUUCUACAUGUUAAAGCUUUUCAUUGCUAAUCGAGAGCUUCCUAGUUUUCAUUUCUUGGCCCAAAUUAAGCCCUUGCUUAACAGGUGCAUCCCCAUGAACAUCAGAGCUUUGCACCUUUUUCUAAACCCAACUUGAAUUUGGUAUUUUGUGUUCAGCACUGACAAAUAUAUUCUAGGAUAUUUGAGGCUUUUAGGUUAUUCCCUUUACCUUUUCUCAUUUGAUCUGUAGAAGUCAACUGGUGAAGAGCAAACGGAACCUAUAAUGCCAAUGUUAAAUAAAUACAUUUAAUACAGUCCACAUUCAUAAAUAGAAUGUUACUUGCACAUUCUCAAUAUACACUCAUUCUCUUCCAGUCGUCUUAGGUAAGUUUUUUGUAAAGUUUUAUUUCACAGUGAAAUUUGGUAAGUGGAUUGUUUUAAGUCUUCAGCAGUGGCUAAUUAGAAGAACAAAUUGCCCUGUAUUGUUCAACUGUAGCACACAGGACAGAAUGCAAUGGAUGCCAUUUUAAAAAUCACUAGUCAUAUUACCACAACAAUAACAUGAAACCAGACUGUUAAUUAAACUAAGACUAUAUCCUCUGUUUAAUGAAACAAUUAUAUUCCUGCUAGAGUGGUAGUUAAAUAAGAAGGAGAUCAUCUUCAUAAAUAGUUUAAUUUAUGAGCAUCAAGACUUUCUUAGAUUUUUCACAGUCCAUUUCAAUUGUAUAUUUAUUUAUCUGAUUCAAGUUACAUUUAUUCUUUAGUUCAAACAUCUGAAUUUUCUCCCAUCUUAAAAGGUUUUUUUCUUUUUUCCAAAUUCAGUUUUUUAUUUUGAUGAAACAUCUGAGCCGCUGAUACCUAUUUCUAAUAUUAUUAAGGCUUCAUCCUCUUCCCAUUCUUUUUCCAGGUCUAGUUUUUAUUUCCUAAAUCAUGUUAUUCCUUUCUCAUCAACUUGAAAAUUUGCCAGUAGGAUUCAUUUCCCAAAGUUAUCCUCUGUUCUGUAGCUUAAAGUAAACAAAGCUGAUUAGUUUGUUCAGUUGUCAGGAUAACAUCCAUUUUCACAUUUUCUCCUUUCCUGAAACUGCAGUCUGUGCAUGAAGCUUCCUGUAUUCACAGUGGGAGCUAGGCACAUGGAGCAUUCAUAAAAUUAGACUUGCAGUAAGACAAAUUUAUACAUAGGGAGUAUUCAACAUGUGAAUUAUCAAAAUACAAGCAGCUUCUCUUCCUUUUCCCUUCUGACCACAUGGAGUUACAUAGGAAGCCUUCAGUAAAAGUAGUAAUAUUAACCUCAGAAAAAAAGUAUUUUAUGGGAGUAGUUCUGCAUGUCUUUGUUUCUGUCACGUUAAGAAGGUGAUACGGUGUUUUCUGAGCAUUUAUUUCCACCUGUUGGACUCAAUGUGGCAAAGACUUGUGUAUGUUUAACUAAGCAGAUGAGCAGACAUCAAUUAAAAUAAUGUCAGCUUCUUGCAUGCUUAAAGGAAGAGCAGAAGUGUCUUACAGAGUUAAGCCGUUUAGUUGUAAAGUCUUUGCUAUGAAGAAUGCUAAGAACAUUCUCUGUUUCUUGCAAUAUUGUUUAGUAAGCAUUUGUAAGCUUUCAUUUUAAAUACAGAACCUGUAAAACACCCAUCUUUGACAUCUCAAGCCUUAUUUCUGAGAUCUUCAGCAGGAAACUCCCUGAUUAAAUGAAGGGUAGGAAUUCCUGGGACAGAUGGUCCUUCAUUGGUGUCAUGACAAUCAAUACUGUUUGAAUAAUAUUUGUUAAAAGCAGAGUGGAAACCCGAAUGUCUUACAAUGUUACUGUACUGCAGUAGCAUUUUUUGAUUGAGAAAUGGACUGGGGUAAAGAUCAGCAUAGAAUCUAUUUAAAAAUUCAACUGUGAACUUAGAAAAUGAACAUAUUUUGAGAUUGUGAACUUGUUUAUAUACACAUUUAAAUUAUUUAUAUUUGAGUGCAUUUUGUGCUUCACAGUACAAGUGGGAAUAAAGAGCAUGUUGUAAUAUUCUACAGCGAAUGUGGAAUGUGAAAUCAGCUCUCUCUAUUUGAUCACAGAAAGAUAAAGUCUAAGAACCACGCUUAUUGUCAGGUAUCUAAGACCUGUGAAUAAUUGGUUUCUUGUACUUUUUUUAAUGAUCUUAGAUAAAUGAUAAAGCAGGUACAGGUCCAUUUUAAAAUGUUUCUGAUGAUUGUGUGUUAAAAGUAGGACUGAAUAAAAUUCAAAUAAAAUGGCUGUUCUUUAGGAAGAAAACAUAUUACUUGCAUAACUUUAAUUCCAUGUAUGAUAAAAUAUAUAUGCAAUAUGUGGGAAUAUUUUUUAUAAUUCCUCUGUACUCCAAAAUACAUUGUAAGCCAGUGUUUAAACAGUUCUGUAACUGAAAAACUGCACAUUGUGUGAGUGUUGUAUGUAUUUAGCAUACCAGAAAGUUUUGAGCUCCUGCAAAAAUAUCCCAUUUUUUAUAAAAGGAAUUAUCAACCUUAAUUCCUUGGGGUAUUUUCUGGAAGUCUCUGUUCAUCAUCAUUUAGAAAACUAUUGUUUAUGUAACUGUAUUUUAAUUUCAGGUUUAAAACCUCACAGAAGUUAUUAAUUUCUCACAGCUUCUUUUGUGAAAUCAGCAUUGUAUGUGUGAUAGCAUUUAAAAAUAAUAGCAUGUUCUUUUUUAUCUGAAUUUUAUAUCUAAUCAGUGUCUUCAGUCAUGAAGAGGAAUUUGCAUUGUUGUGUUUGUAUAUAGAGUAUUGCAGUGCAUGAUUUAGCUUAUGCAUUUUAUUAAAUGCUGUUUAAAUGUGGCAUUAUAUUGUUGUGGCUUAAUACUACUACCUAAAUGAGGUUUAUACUAUUAAAGUGAAUUACAAAUAUA